CGUUGUUAGCAAACGUCAGUUUUAGUUCAGUCGUCGGCGAACGCUACAGCGCAAUCAACAAGUGUGCGGCAAUAAACAAAUAUAUAAAUAAAUUAAUAUUUAAGCCAUAAAUUACAGCAACAACAACACAAAAAAAACUAAACAAAAUGAGCGGCAAAGCUGAUAUAGCCCUGAUUGGAUUGGCCGUAAUGGGCCAAAAUCUCAUAUUGAAUAUGGAUGAGAAGGGAUUUGUGGUCUGUGCUUAUAAUCGCACUGUGGCCAAGGUCAAAGAGUUUCUAAAUAACGAGGCUAAAGGCACCAAAGUGAUUGGUGCUGAGUCAUUGAAGGACAUGGUCGACAAGCUGAAAACUCCACGCAAAAUAAUGUUGCUGGUCAAGGCUGGCAGCGCUGUGGAUGAUUUUAUUGCUCAACUAGUGCCAUUGCUCUCCCGCGGCGAUGUGAUCAUCGAUGGCGGAAAUUCGGAAUAUCAGGAUACAUCUCGUCGUUGCGAUGAAUUGGCCAAAUUGGGUCUGCUCUAUGUGGGUUCAGGAGUGAGCGGUGGUGAGGAGGGAGCCCGUCACGGACCUUCUCUGAUGCCCGGUGGCCAUGAGGCGGCAUGGCCAUUGAUCAAGCCCAUCUUCCAGGCGAUUUGCGCCAAGGCCGACGGUGAACCGUGCUGUGAGUGGGUCGGCGAUGGCGGCGCCGGUCACUUUGUCAAGAUGGUGCACAAUGGCAUCGAAUACGGUGACAUGCAGUUGAUCUGUGAAGCAUAUCACAUAAUGCAGAGUCUGGGUCUGGAUGCCCCUAAAAUGGCUGAGGAGUUUGGCAAAUGGAAUUCCGCCGAAUUGGAUUCUUUCCUUAUUGAGAUUACGCGCGAUAUACUUAAAUACAAGGACAGCAAGGGACAUCUAUUGGAGCGUAUACGUGAUACAGCGGGACAAAAGGGCACUGGCAAAUGGACAGCCAUUGCAGCCCUACAAUAUGGUGUACCCGUGACCCUAAUCGGUGAGGCUGUGUUCUCGCGUUGUCUGUCCGCCCUCAAGCAGGAACGUGUGCAUGCAAGCAGUGUCCUUCAAGGACCCCCGGAGAGUGGCAAAAAGAAGGUGGCCAAUUUGGCCAAAUUCCUGGAUGAUAUUAAGCACGCCCUCUACUGUGCCAAGAUCGUUAGCUAUGCCCAAGGCUUUAUGCUAAUGCGUGAGGCGGCCAAAGAGAAUAACUGGCGUUUGAAUUACGGCGGUAUUGCUCUUAUGUGGCGCGGUGGUUGCAUCAUUCGCAGCGUUUUCCUGGGCAACAUCAAGGAGGCAUACACCAGACAGCCGCAGCUCUCCAAUCUUCUGCUCGAUGACUUCUUCAAGCAGGCCAUUCAACGGGGUCAGGCCUCGUGGCGUGAGGUUGUGGCCAAUGCCUUCCUCUGGGGCAUUCCAGUGCCAGCUCUCUCGACGGCCCUCAGCUUCUACGAUGGCUAUCGCACAGCCAAAUUGCCGGCGAAUUUGCUGCAGGCCCAGCGUGAUUAUUUCGGUGCCCAUACCUAUGAACUGUUGGGUGAGGAGGGUAAAUUCCAGCAUACCAAUUGGACGGGAACCGGUGGCAAUGUCUCAGCCAGUACUUAUCAGGCAUAGACCUCACACCCUAGGCAUAUAUCUAUAGAAGCAUAGAAAGUAGAAGUUAUACGCUCCCUUGCGAAAGCGAUCAACUUGCCAUUACUCAUACGACUGGGGGGUCGGCAGGGGAGUACAAAAUUUUUGUACAUUACCAAAUUACAUUCCAUGUCACACAGUUUAGCCGGGCUUUUCUUAAGUUCUUUCGUUUUUUCUGUUUUUUUUUUUUAAUCAAGUACUUUUUACUUUAGGGUAGGCCAGUACUUAUUUAUGUAAUUAAAAUAUAUAAUUUCUUUGUGUUGUAUUUUGUAUAAUAA